AUGGAAGCGGCGGCUAACCGUCAGUUAAUUGUGUCCUUUACUCCAUACGAAUGGAAAUACGUUCGCCAGUUAUUCCGUAGCCGUCGGAUUGAAGACGUCAAGGAGUGCGUCAUUAUUCUUGCCACGUGGAUUUCCAGAACCGGCGAGAACACUCCGGUGGCGAUUUCGUGUAGUCACGUGUUACUUCAAGCGAUCUACGCGGAACUUUUAUCGACAGGAAUGUGCGAAUCGGAACGAUACAUGGCAAUCGACGAUCUCCGCUCGAAGCACGGAUACGCUAUUGUCAGAUUCGUCAACUAUGUCAACGAGAUGGGACAGACCGGUGCUACGCUGAAGAACAUGGUGCAUGCGGUGAAAAGUUUCGGAAUUCCCAAGAAGAUUGUGGACAUUCGACACGCGAUCACACAUCAAAAUUGUCCGGAUAUUGCCGAGUUGAGAUAUGCAACCAAUUUUUGUUUGGAUUGGCUUUGGAAAAACUUCUGGCUCAGUGACGCCCGUGUUGCGAUGAACAGUGCAGCCGCGACGAAUUCCUCGAAAAACCCAACGUCAUCAUCGGAGUUCGGAGGCCAACGUGGACGUGAGCAGCAAUACGUGUCAUCACUCCGUGCAUUUAACACGUGGCGUGUCAAGAAUCGUCAGCUGACAACUGAACUGGAAUGGAGUGAAGUAGCGGAACUUCUCGCACUGAAACAUCAUAUUCUACUAGAUUCCACCGGGUUCCUGACGUGUUUCAUGCGAGAUGGACACCUCAUUCAGACGCCCGGACAAUGGAAGAAUUGGAAACUUCCGGUGACGUGUUCGAAUGAUAAUUGGCAGAUUCCUGAGGAGAUUCAGGCAUUCUGGGAGCCACUGUUUCAUGUGAUGUUCAGUUUGAAGUUGGGAGCCGAAAUUGUUGUCGCUUUCCUUUGGAGACUUCGAGAACCGAUGAUUAAGGAUAUGACACGUCAUCAGAUAACUGCAUAUGUUCGAAUGAUUGUUCAGCAGUUUGCCGACGCCGAUGUGUUCUCCGAUGAGGAAUGGUAUAAAGUGCUCGAUCAUCUUCUUCCAGUUGCCAAGAAUUUCAGCACAGAGUUCAUUGAGCUCGUAAUGGCCCGCUGCACAACACUGGCUCACAAGCGGAAAAAGCAAAUUCGUCAAAUAUUAAACAUCUCCACAAAAAGCCACGUUGAAUCACCAUCUACAUCAUCAUCCGACACUGUGCACACUGUUUCAGAUCUUCAAAAAUUGCUGAAAAAAUCGUCGAAAAGUGUAGUGAAAUCUGAACCGGUGACAUCGAAUGCUGAUGGAAAUCGUACUGGAAUUGAGUUGUGUGACGUCGCAGCUUGGGCUGAAGUACCUUUUGGAAUGGCACCAGGACAACGUAUCGAAACAUUUACCGUCGUUUUGGAUCAUCAUGGAUCCGAUAAGAGCCGGAAGAGAAGAGCUUUCGAUGCAGCGAUUACUCUGGAUGAGGAUUAGGCUCCGCCCCUUUAUUGGCUCUUUUUUUUAGCUCGUUUAGCUUUUAAAGUAUUGAGAAACUCGUUUUUAAAACCUUAGUUACACAAUUUUUUUUAAAAUUCAAAAAUUUAAAAACUAAAAAAAAAUCGAUUUUCUGUUGACUAUUUAUUGAUUUAUUGAUUUUCCUUUUUUUUCGUCUUUUUUCCUUUUUUUUCUCGAAUUCCCGUUUAUUUUACCUGUGUUAAUGACCUUUUUUUUCUUCUCUCAUAAAAUGUUUCCUUUGUG